CAAGCCCCUUGACACAUCUCACUACAAUCCACCAUAACAAGAAUUUACCACCCACAAAGAGGGAUGCUCUUUAAUUUCAGGAAGAUGUAUGCAACUACACGCGAGGAGUUCCUCGCCACAAGCAUUACACCAGCCAACCCCUCUCCGUCAGACACCGAAUGCGCAAUCUGCAAGGAAGACUACAACACUACCACGCACACGGCAGUAACCUUUUCCGACAGCGCAAGCUGCAAACACAUCUUCUGCGAAACCUGCAUCGUCGCCUGGCUCAACGCUAAAGGAACAAAUUCCUGCCCGUUGUGCAGAUGUGAACUCUUUGUUCUGGCUUAUGGAGAUAAAGAGGUGGACUACGAUAUGAACAUAGACUUCGACACUGAUUCUGAUGGUGGCAUUGAGUACUAUUUUGGAGGGGAAGGGGAAGAAGGAGGAGGAGAUGAUGGAGAUGAGAACGAGGAUGAAAAUGAAGACAUCCCACUCAUCUACCUCUACCGCGAUGAACUACGCCUCCAAAUGACGCCCACGGAGAUAAACGAUCUCCUCCUGACAAUCUGGCACAAAGUCUGGAACCUACUCUCCACGUACCGCUCCAAGCUCUCACAAGCCGUGCAAGCCGUUCAAGAGGGGAAAGGCCUUCCUAAUUGGUACAUUCCAGUCGACAGUUAUCUGCCCACGACACAGACCAUGGUGACUUCCUUCGUCAACACCGUUUCAAUAAAUACGGGAACGGAUAUCUCGGGCACUCUGACGGCGGAGAAGCUGCGGAGGCUGGAGGCAUUGUUGCAAAUUGUUUUGGAGGAGCAGGUGAAGUGGGUUUAUGAGGCGGAUGGGUGGCCAACUGAAGAUAUUUUGCCGGGGUUUGAGGGGGAGUGGAAGGAGGAUUGGUCGAAUCGAGUGUGUCUUCUUUUGGGCUUGGUGUCUCCGCGCUCGAUAUCGGAGCAAUAGGCGUGGUGGGAUUUGCGUAUGGCAUCUAAGGUCCAGGUCUGUUCCGGGGCUGCGGUUACGCAUGCCGUCUCUCAACAGCAAUGGGUACAACAGGCUUGAGGUGGGAAAUUGCCCUAUAGUCACUCUUUGCAAUGGUUGAGCAGGGUU